UCACAUUCUCAAUCAAAACCUCGAAAAACUAGGAACCAAAAUGCUAAAAUUUGCACUAAUCUUUGUGUUAUCAGCAACAAGUGCCAUCUUGGGCGCUCCUCAGUUGCAGCAAUCUCAGGAUGCCAACGGAAUCGAGUUGCUAAGAUACAAUUCCACCAACAACAACGAAGCAGGCUACCAGUUUACAUACGAGCAGAGCAACAAGCAGAUCUUUUCUGAAGUGGGAACGCCAAAGGACUCCACAGAUGGAACGAAGGUUUUGGCCGUAGAGGGAGCUUACACGUUUGUGGCUCCCGAUGGGCAGACCUACUGGGUCAACUAUCGUGCCGACGAGAACGGAUUCCUACCGAAGACGGGAACUGGUACCGUUGGAGGUAUUCAACCGGGACAGGAUGCCCCGGUCCGGAAUUGAUUGGGGACAAGGGGUUCUGGUUUAUGAAAUGUAUAUACUCAAGUUUUUUUGCAGUGGCAACAUGGUCUAUUCUAAUGUUCUGUAAAUAAAGUUUAAGACAUUAAAAUU